UCUACACCUGAACCAUCCAUUUCUGACACCAUGAUUUACUACAGCAACUAUUACGGUGGCUAUGGGUAUGGUGGGCUUGGCUGUGGCUAUGGCUGUGGUUAUCGUGGCUAUGGAUGUGGUUAUCGUGGCUAUGGAGGCUAUGGAAAUGGCUACUGCUGCCCAUCUUGCUAUGGAAGAUAUUGGUCAUAUGGUUUCUACUGAACAAUUCUAGAGCUCACCAGAUUUGUCUGCUUGUGAAACCUGGAUUCUCAUGCUGCUCUUGUUCAUCUGAUCCUGUGUCUUCAAAAUAGCAGAAACCUAAACUAGGCUAUUAUCAAAGAACUACAGAUGCUGUCUUUCUCUGGUUCUGUUGUGCAAGAUGAUAAAGAAUAUG